AUGCCAUCGCCGCCGGUUUUUAUUGCGGGUGUGGGAAUGACGCCUUUCCAGUCUCCACAGAAAUCAGCAGCAAACUCCUCAAAUCCGGAAGGUGAUUAUUUCAACCUCGCAAUCUCAGCAUGUGUCAAAGCCCUACUUGAUGCAGGCAUCAACUAUGACGACGUUGAUCAGGGAGUUGGAUGUUACGUAUUUGGAGACUCCGCUGGUGCACAGCGAGUAUUCUAUUCACUUGGAAUGACGGGCAUUCCCAUCUACAAUGUUCAUAAUUAUUGCAGUGCGGGAAGUACUGGACUCUUCAUGGCAAAUCAGUUCAUUCAGGCUGGCUGCGCAGACUGUGUUCUAGUCGUGGGAUUCGACAAAAUGUAUCCCGGAGCACUUCCACAGAUCUAUAAAGACCGAGAGAAUCCCCUGGGGAGAAUCUUGACUAUGUCAAAGAAAUUCAUCCCGGAAGGCCAGACCGAGUCGGCUGGUUGGACGCCACAGCUGUAUGCCAAUGCACAAGCUGAGUAUUUAGAGAUAUACGGCUCGGCUGGUGCGAAACCGCAGCAUUUUGCUGCUAUUGCGUCCAUCAAUCGAACACAUGGAAUGAAUAACCCUUAUAGUCAGUUGCGACAGGCUGUGGGUACUGAAGAGGUUUUGUCGAGUCCGCAGGUCUCUGGUCCCAUCACUAGACUGCAGUGUUGCCCAUCCUCGACUGGAGCUGCUGCAGCAGUGCUAGUAUCCGAACGCUUUCUUCAGGCACAUCCGUUUCUGAAACAGAGCGCAGUCGCUAUUAAGGGCCAAGCUCUCGCAACUGAUUCCUUAGAACUCUAUGAGCCUGCCAGUGCUAUAGAGCUGAUUGGAUCGAAUAUGACGCGACGUGCUGUUAAAAACGCACUUAAUCAAGCAUAUCUUUCUCCUCAAGAUAUUCAGGUCAUCGAACUCCAUGACUGCUUCACAACCAACGAAAUGUGCGCUAUCGAAGAUUUGGGUCUGGCUCCUCAUGGCGAAGGAUGGAAGCUUGUUUCAGAUAGAAGAAUCACCUAUGACAAUACAUCCGAAACGAAGAGAACAUCACCAGGCUGGAUCAUUAACCCAAGUGGUGGCUUAAUCUCAAAAGGCCACCCACUGGGCGCAACAGGACUGGCUCAGACAGCGGAGCUAGUUUGGCAUUUACGUGGCUGGGCAGAGAACCGUUCUGUGCCGGGGACAAAGUACUGUCUUCAGCACAAUAUGGGUCUUGGAGGUGCCACGGUUGUCACUAUUCUAGGGAGAGCCGACAACGAUGUCGCACCUUUACUAUCUAAGAUCCAGGAUCAGGUAGAUGGGCGACAGCGACUCGGAUAUAAUCCAGCGAUGGAGGUGCGAGAAGUAGAUGCAGGUGAUUUCGAGGCAGUACGAUCUCGCAAGUCCUUUAGUAACUGGGCAGCAGAUACCUUUGAGGCAUUGAACUCACCUCGAAAGUAUAGGCUGUAA